AUGAAGUGUCGGGUCCGACGGCGUAAAUGCGAUGAAGGAAAGCCGCGAUGUCAGCGCUGCAUCGACGGAAACUUUGAGUGCCACUACGGCCCUAGACUAACGUUCUUGAAUAAGAAUGCCUUGACGGUGUCACCCUCGCCCAAGGUGCCCGAUGCGACAACGCCAAAAUACUCGCGCCUUCAGUUCGUAGGUGCCGGGUCCUCCAAGCAAGCCGCCAAAGACCCAUCAUUACAUGCAUCUUCUCCGCCGCACGAGCAACAUGGAGUCAAUGGCAACAUCGCAAACGAUCUGAACCUGAACCAUGCAUCUCUACCGCCACCGCCGCCGUCGCAAACACCAACGCCAACGGUGAUAACCUUCCACGCAAAUCCUCAACCCCCAGAACCGCCGCCAACGGCGACGACUAAACCACCGCCACUCGAGCCGAGCCUCACGCCCCUGAAUCAUCACCGCCAGCACCCACCGCUCACGCAAUGGCGGCCCACCCAGAGUCUGAGCAGCCUCGGAAGUCACGAGAGCCUCUCGUCGCCGGUGCGCAAUCUCGAUAUCACGGGGAAGCUGACAGGCCCAUCGCCAAAUAAUGACGCUGCCUACGAGACGGCCCUGAAUGUUCUCCUGUCGCUUGGAAACGAAGGACCGGCGGAGCUGGGCCAGUCGCCUGGUCACGGCUCGGGGUCCUUUGCGAUUGGUGGUGGUGACAGUAUCGGUGUGGUAAGUCCCGGAGAGAUGAUGUCGCUGUCGCCGAACUCCACGAGGGAGAGGAGAGGAUCUGGCGUGUCUGCGGCCGGUAGCAUAUCACAAGAUCGCCUGCUGCAGCUGUUGCGUCACUUUAGGUACCAGGUCGCGCCUUGGCUUGACUUGUGUGAUAUGGGACAGACCUUUGGUCUUUACGUUUCUCGCCUUGCGAUCGAAUCUGAAGGGGUUCUUCACUCCCUUCUCGCCGUUGCUGCGACAGCACAGCAGGCCGAUAUGCGCAUGGUGUCCGGCGAUGUCGAAUACCUCAAGUCUCUGGCUGAGGCGAAAGCUUUCCAGCCAAGCGGACCAGUCAUCAGCGACAGCGAUUUGGUUCAUUUGACACUAUCUACAGCAUGCCGAUUCAUCUCUGACAUCCCCAGCGGCUGGAACAGCCUGUCUGCUGUUAUAAAUCACAACUUUUGGGAUGUGACACUAGCGGAAGCAACUCCAAAGACCAUUGCGAUAUUAUCAGUCUUGAUUCGACUAGAACUCGCCGCCGCCCUCGUAACCGGGGCCCCCAUCUCCAUCCCCGAACAUCUUUCCUACAACCCAAUCCCACAACAAUGGAACUCCUCCACCAUCGCAGAGACAAUAUUCCAAUACACCAUCGAACCCCUCCUCCUCUGCGCAAAAGUCGUAAACUUCUGCUCAGGCAGCUUUCCACCACAAACUCAAGCCGAUCUCGACCUCGGCGGCGGCGUCCCACUCACACCCGUUCACCGCUGGACGAUGCUCAGCGACGCCCUCGGGUCCUGGUACACCAACCGGGCGCAGGAGUUCCGCCCCAUGGUGGAGAUGGAUGGCGGCGACGAGACGUUGUUCCCUGUCAUACUCUUCACCAACGGCGCCGCCGUCUUUGCGAACCAGCUGUAUCAUACGGCCAUGUUGUUGUUGCUUCAGAAUAAGCCGCGGACGUUGCAGGCGGCGACGGCGGCGGGUAAGAAGUCGUCGUCGUCGUCGUCGUCUAUGUCGCCGCUUUGGCAUGCUCAGCGCGUCUGCGGGAUCGCGCUGAAUAAUGACCGGAGAGAUAGUUGGGAUCUUUGCUUGGUCGCGUCGCUGUAUCUGGCGGCCCAGCGGAUGACGUACGAGCCUCAACAGAAGGCAAUCAUGGGGUGUUUUGAUCGUAUUAAGUCCAUGACUGGCUGGGAUGUCGAUGGCUUCUCGACGAAAGUUCGAGAGGAUUGGGGUUUGAUGUAG